GCCCUCUUCUACAGACAGCGAUAGUAGCUGCCAGCCGGUUUGGUAAGUUUACUAUAAAGUCAACUGCAGCAAGGUGCCCGCAGUCUUUUGCCAACACAGCUGAGUACUCCUGCUAGUCCUCCAUUCAGGGGAAAAAAAAGAGGAAAACCCCAGGUGGUGGGAGAUAAAAACCAUUACCUGUUUUGCACACUGUAUUGGAGGCCGUGGAGAAAGCAUGCCCACUGACCAAGAGCCCACCUUCACUGUGAAGCUACUGCAGCUGAUUCUGAUCUCCACUUAUUGGGGGAUGCAGAUUUGGGUCACGUUCGUUUCAGGUUUUGUGAUGAACAACCACCUGAACAGACACACAUAUGGCUUUAUUCAGAGUCGUCUGGUCCCGUUCUAUCUCCACCUCGGUUCAGCCUGUGCUUUCUUUAACCUCACUAUCUAUGCUGUGUAUCACCCAAGUGACAUGUUGGAUGACAGAGAAGCCUUUCAGAUCUUCAUCUUCUUUGUGUCCGUGACAGUUUCGGCCGUCAAUGCUCAGUGGUUUGGCCAAAUGACAUCAGAGAUUAUGGCUGACAUGCAUCUUAUUGAGCAGGCAUGCGGACUGGGUCAGGAUAUCGGGCUGUCAUCCAACCGUGAAGCUUACGCUAAACUAUGUGAGACGGAUGUCAAAUACAGACACCUCAGCAGCCGCCUUUGGCUCUACAGACUGCUGUCCUCUCUGUGCAACCUCUGCUGCAUUGGCUGUAACUUCUACAGCCUAUGUUACAUGGCCGAGAACCUUGUUGCACUAUAAAGCUGACACAUCAGGACUGUUGGAUCCUUUAAAUCAGUCCCUUACAAAUCGACAAACACUUCCUUUUUUUAUUGACGCUAUAACUUAUAUAUUUAAUUCAUAAUGUCUUUCUCUGUAAAGUGUGCAAUGAAAUGUCAGGUAAGCCUAGUUGCCCCUCCUAGCGCCUUUGGGAGUAAUGAAAGGACACUGCCAUGUUUCUCUCAUAAGGCUUAUGGAGUGGUGAGUCAGUGAGUGCAGUGUGGAAUGCUUCACCUUUCACCUAGUUUGCCUUCAUGGUGUUGGCUGCCUGGAGAUUUCCUUUCACGAUUAAUAGUAACAUUGAGCCAGUGGAUUUUUUUGUAAGCUUUGUUGUAGCGAUACAGGACAUGCAUCAGAAAACAACCAAAUCCACUGGAUAUUUUUUAUAUGUACGCAACAAAAGGGCCCCUUUAGUUAGGGAAACUGCAACUGCUUCAAUUCUGCUCACUCCCACUCUUUCUGGUUGGGUGGAGUUUUUAUCCCAUAUUCAGGGUAGUGUCACAGGUUUGUCUAGCUUCCCUUUCAUUGCUUUAAGAACUUGUGCGUGUGUGUACGUGUGCGUGCCCGUGUGUGCUUCAUGCUUCAGAGUGCAAGGUUGUACUAUCUUUAGUUCUCCUAGCUCCGGUUGAGAUGAAAAAGAACACUUUUACUGUGGUAUGCAUUCGGCGCUGCUUUUAGCUGUGGUGUGCAUUAGUUUGUCUGUAAACAGCUCGUUUGUAUUUAUUGUUGAGGAAGCGACGAGGAGGGAGGAAGACUAUUCUGUCGUACAGCAGGUCGGUCUAGUUGUGAGAGUCGUCCAACAGGUAGACCCUUGAUCUGCUCCUGUGAUAACUGUUCUGUUGAUCAGUGUAAAUCAGUGGUGACAAAUGGCAUUAAAUAACUAUUUUUGUUUAGCAGCUUUGAUGGUUGUAGUGAUCUGCUGUCUAGUGAUGCAUUGAUCCAGAAAAUAGUGUGGGGACAUGUUUUUGAUGUGGUCGAAAGUAUUGAAAUUUGCUGAGUUGAUGUGGGUCUACUUAGGCUAAAUGUCUGUAAUAGUAAUAAUAAUAGUGCCCCCAGAAUGUCACAAUGAAACUGAGAGAAAGACGUACAUUAAUACAUGUGCAGUAACUUUUCCAUUACCUCUUGAAUUUCCCUUGGCCGAUAAACAUCCUACAAGGUGUUGCAUCCUACAUUACUUGAUAUCAUGUGUUUAGUGUGAAAGGCACUGGUACUGGCACUUACCACAGGUGAUGCUGGUUGAGCAGACACUCAUUUGACCCCUUUUCUUCUAUCAGAAACGGCAGGAGACUUGCUAGUACACAUGCCACACACUACUAUGGUUUCUAGUACAUCUAGACUUGUAGCUCAGGCAGGUCUGUAUUAAUUUGCCAGCAAGGGGUCUGCCCACUUGUGGUUAUAAUCAGCAGCUCUUACACUGUACAUAAUUAUUACAUCAUAAUACAUUCAGACUUUCUCUUUGGAUCAAAUGGGGAAGUGAUGCAUAAAGCAUAAGAACACCCAUUGUGACCUUCUGGGAGCCCCGUAAGCAAAUGUCUGAAAACCUGAAUGAAUCUCUGCAUUUGAUGUUUUCACUUAAUAUCCCAGGAUGGCCUCCGUACAAAUUUGAACCUUGCAUUUUGCCUAAAAGGAGAAUAUUAUUUUGUAUAUAAUGGUGAAGAUUUAAAAUAUUGUUUGGUCUGUAUCUUGAAUUCCUUGUGCUUUAUUUUAUAAGACCUCAGUUUGUUGUACAUUAGGGUGUUUAUGCACUCUGUCUGUGGGGAAAAUUAUGUAGGCUUGAAGUGAAAUCAAAUUAUAUUUAAGUUGUGUUUUUCCACUACAGUUCUAUCAGGCUGUUUUAGUUUGAAUAUCUCUGAAGUCUUUGUUUCACACUCUGAGCACAGAGGAUCUGUGCUCAUUUCUUUUAAGCUGUGUCUUUGCAUAUUGAAAUGUUAAAUCCCUUCCUGCCAGUGACAGUCGCUCCUUUUUGCACCUGCCUGGUUGAAAUGCAUCAGUGUGUUUCGUCUUCUGUUUGUAGCACAUGUCUAUGUAAAACUGCCGUUAACACCAGCACUUCCAUAAUUGAGAAUUUGCAGCAUAGUGCGGAUGUUAAAACUGUUCUGUUUUGUUCAGACUGGACUGACGAAGGUGCCUUUUUAUGUGCCCAUUUGUGGGACUUUUAAAAAAAAAAAAAAAACAAAGCAAUGCAAAAUUUGAUAGCUGCACAUGUAAGACAGGACACUGCUGUCUGUAAGUUCAGCCGGUUUUUAAUGUGUAUAUUGUAUAUCAAUUUAAAUGUGGUAUGAGUAUUUAGUUUAGGUUACCUUUUACAUUCAUUUGUGCAUAUUUGAGUUUGAGGUAAUGGGUUUAGUUGUGCUCAUUUAAGUUACGACCAGCAAGGUCAGAGAAGGUCAUGAGUUGUUAAUGGUAGUGGGUUUGUAUCCAUGAUGUUUCAACAUGUGACUUUGUAUUAAAAAUAUUUUCUAUAAAU